GGGAAGGCAUGGGCAUAGCUGCUGCGUGCGGAUCGGAGGAUUAAGUUACGCAGCUGCUUCCUGGUGGGACAAGGACUUGGCAGAGCUGCGGGAAUCACUGGGCAUGUUACACAAAUCGUUAUUCUUUGACCCUGAUUGGCUAAUGAAGGGGCACAAAUGGCAAAAGCCAAAGUGACGAAGGACCAAUCGCCUGCGAGCGGCUGUUCUGUAAAAAACGCAAACACUCAGAAACAGACGAAGAAGCAGAAAAAGAAGAAAUUCUGGCAAAACCACCCUAAAAUCACUGCCAAGACAAACGAAGAUUUAAAGGUUUCUCCUCUGCUGCCCCCCAAAAAGCCCCAGGAAUUCUCAUCCAACUGGAAAGCGCUACAGGAGCUGUUGAAGCAGAAGGUAAAACCAGCAGUACCUGCACCGUCUACUGAAUUACUUAAUAAAGACCAAAAAGUCUCAGAGAAGAAAAAUGAGGAGUCUACCCCCCCUAAAAGUGCCCCCAAAAUAAAUGGCGGCAUAAAAAGUGUAUCUGCAACAGCAAAGGAAACCAAGGCACCUUCACAGGCACCUCCUACAAAAGCCAGGGAGAAGACAGAGGAGGUGAAGAAAGGAAAGAAACGGAAGAUCAAAGCAGAGGGCACAGAUGAAGAGCACCAAGCAAAGAAGCCUCAAGUGGAGUCCCAGCCAGAACCACCAAAAGUGGAUAUCUGGUUUGAUGAUGUAGAUCCGGAUGACAUUGAGGCGGCCCUGGGGCCAGAGGCUGGACGCAUCGCUCGCGAGAUGCAAGGGGUCACAGAGACAAAAUCUGCGACUGUGGAUAAGGUUCUUGUGAAAGAGAAGGCAUUUGAAGGGCUUACUCGGGCCGUUGCCAUGGAUUGCGAGAUGGUUGGAGUGGGAAUGGAUGGAGAGGAGAGUAUCUUAGCCCGUGUCUCCAUUGUCAAUCUGUUUGGCAAGUGCGUGUAUGACAAGUUUGUCAAGCCAACGGAACGAGUGACCGACUAUAGGACAGCGGUGAGCGGCAUCAGACCCAAGGACAUAAAAAACGGGGAAUCUUUUAAGGUUGUUCAGAAGGAGGUUUCAGAAAUUCUCAGAGGACGCACCUUAGUCGGACACGCUAUACAUAAUGAUCUGAAGAUUCUUUUCUUAGAUCACCCCAAAAAGGCCAUCAGGGACACCCAGAAAUACAAACCCUUUAAGCAGAAAGUAAAGAAUGGGCGCCCGUCCCUGAAACUUCUGUGUGAGAAGAUCCUGAAUGUGAAGGUGCAGACCGGGGAGCACUGCUCGGUUCAAGAUGCCCAGGCUGCCAUGCGCUUAUACACCAUGGAGAAGAAAUGCUGGGAAGCUGCCAUUAAAGCCAAAUAUACCGGCUUUAAGCCUGUUGGCAGGAAAGAGAAAGGGUCCCAAAAACAAAAAACAUAAACCGUCUCCUUCUCAGAGUUGUGUCGCCCUCUGUUGGACAUUAGUAAUAAGACCACUCUGCAUGGAGAAUGCCCUUUGCUCUGAAGUCAGACCACCCGUGCCUUAUUGUUGAACUGUGUGCAAGGCCACGGACCUCCUGUAACGUAACACAGGAGAAAAUGGGGUUCCCUACAGGUAAAUGUUUCCCAAUGGGAUGAGGGUGCCCAACUACAGGACAUGUGUGAUCAGCUGGAAACCUGCAGCCUCUACUGGAACAAAAAAAAAGUCACCUUAUGGUACACGGCAACUCCUGUUGGUACAUCUGCUUGAAUGCCCAAUGCUGACGUUGUACGGACAGACAGACCCCAUUUACUUCGGCACGACUUUGUUUUUAGUAGGGAUGAACCCAAUCCAGGGUUUGGUUCGGGAUUUGGCCAAGAUUUGGCCUUUUUCAGCAGGAUUCGGCCAAAUCCAUGUGCCCGGCUAAACCGAACCCAAAAAGGAAAUGUUUUUGUAACCACUCACUAUGCACACAGUUCUCUUUCCUUGUUCCCCUAAUUUACAUAUGCAAAUUAGGUUUCGGAUUUGGUUCUGUAAUCAGCCAAAAUCCUUCACAAAGGGUUCGGAAUUCGUCCGAAUCCUAAAAUAGUGGAUUUGGUGCAUCCCUCGUUUUUAGCAAAGCUCUCAAAGAGCCGGUGACUUGUGCCCAUUCCAGAGUUUACUUUAUUUUUAUUAAAAGUGAUUGGAGCCUGAUCAGUACGACUCAGUAUCAAGGUUUGUUUGGUGUAAAACUUCUUCAAACCCGAGCGACGGAAUUAGACCAAAUGUACUGGGGCAUGGUAAAAGUAACACAUGGUUUUGGUUAUAAAGUGGCAUUUUUAUUCAAGAUGA